AUACAAUGCUCAUGGGUGCCUAAGCCCAUAAAAUCAGUCGCACCCAAGCGCCAGCAGAGGGCGGCAAAACUCCAUAAAACACAAUUAACAAGUGGGCAUUUCACUGUACUGUCAUUUAAAUCUGUCUGAGCGGGGCAUGUGCGUUAAUUGCGUCAAAUAUUUUAACGUGAUUAAUUUUAAAAAAUUGAUUACCGCCCGUUAACGCGAUAAUUUUGACAGCCCUAGUUUAUUUACAUUUCAAAAACCAGAAGCCAUUCAUUUACGAAUGUGAUUGCACUUUAGUUUACAUAUUUAAAUGUUCAGAUAUUAAGAUUUGAAUGAGGCAAAAUGACAUGCUUUUUCACUCAAAUAUAUUGUUAUAAUCAGUUGUUUCGGAUAUACUGUAAUUAUUUUCUGGAUAAAAAUUAAUUUGGUGUCCAAAAAGUCUUUUUUUCAAACUUGACUCUUGAAAAACAGUCUUAUAAUCUGGGCCGUCUUAUAUUCGGGCCAAUACGGUACUCAAAAUCAACUAGAAGUCACUUGUAGGUUCGCGCAAAACAUGCUCAAAUUUCAGUGCCAUUGACGGCAAUGGACGUCCAAUCCACUAGACACAAUUCUAAUGGAAGAUUUUGCUACCAACCUGUUGGUUCCUUUCUUUUUAAACAGUGACACCUUCUUAAAACGACAUAUCGAUUCUUGGCGGGAGCAUAUCGAUAACCUUUUGGCCUGCAAACUAUCGCAAUACAUCACUUUUUUGAUAUAUUGUCACACCGCUAUUAGAGAGAGCAACACAAAGCAUGGAUGGCUAUUACCUCCACCAAAAGAGGAGGAGGAAUUUCCAGCGUUUCCAUUGGUGACUUGUUUUCAUUCCCCCCACCCAAGCUUCCUCUUAUUGGCCCAGCAUGCAUUGGGAGUCGCUAGGAAACGCAUUCUUGCCGCGAGAGGAGAGAAGAGGAGGCUUGCCUGCUCCUGUCUUUUUGUGUGUGUGCGCGUUGUUUGUUUUUUGGGCAAAGCAGGAGUGGACAGGAAGCGGGCCUGACAAGUGAGGAAUUUCACGGAAACCAAAGUGCAUGCUGACGACGACAAGAUGUCAGUGGAGUCCGGACCUCUGGAAUCAGCCAUUUGCCUUCUUUGUAAGGACGGCUGCUCUGGUUUGCAGCCGCAUUCUUGGAGAAAAGCAUGCGUGGCGUGUGGCUGCGGCAUCGCCGACCACGCUCACGGCGACCACGGUGACGACGACCGGCGAAUGGGCCGCUUGCUGGCCGACACGCCCUCUGCCCACCUAACGGCCAAGGUGAAAGGGGGCGGCGGCCUCCGUCUCUACAAGAGGAACCGCAUGAUCGUGACCUAUCCCGUGGUGUCGCGCAAGGACCCCACCUUCAGCACCGUCACCUACGAUUGGGCGCCGGCCGGACUCAACCAGAAACUGGCCAAGCAAUACAUGGAGCUGAUCCCCGAGAUCCAGCGACCCGUUUCCGGCACCGGCGGGGCGGCUCUGCGGCGCAGGCGUCUCCUCGUUCAACUCCCCGUCUACGACCGAGACCCUUUGGCGUGCCGGAGCCUGGCCGGCGAAGACGAAAUUUCCGCCAUGCUGCUCUUUGUCAAGCACUACAAAACAGAGGCGCUGGGCGUGGGCGAGGUGGCGCUGCCCGCCGACGGCCGAGCCCUGGCCGACGGCGAGGGGGGCAUCGUAGAUGGCGAGGAGAACAACCCUCAAUAUCGGUGCUCUGGUUGCGGCGGCGAGGCGUCGGCAGAGGACCCGGCGGUUUUCGCCCAGCGCGCCGGUUACGCCGACGCCAUGUGGCAUCCGGCCUGUUUCGUUUGCGCCGACUGCGGCCAGGGAUUGGUGGACCUGGUCUACUUCUGGACCGAUGGGAAGCUGCUGUGCGGACGCCAUUACUGCCAGAGCGUCUGGCCGCGCUGUUGCGGUUGCGACGAGCUGAUCUUCAGUGACUCUUUCCACACGCAAGAUGGCCACGCGUGGCAUCAUCAACACUACUGCUGCUGGAAGUGCGGGCAAAGCUUGGACACGCCUUGCCACCAUUGACACGCGUGUGCUCGACUCGCUGAUUUUCAUGACUCGGGUUUGUUUUGGAUUUGCUUUAAAUUUGAUUUACUAGCGAGCGAGUCGUCGCUUGUUUACAAGAGCGCUUAACUCGACUUUUAUUUUGAAGGCCCGAAACACGUCGGCUUGAUUUAUCGGCUCGUAAAUCGGCGGCGGCCAGAUGUUGAAAUGAGCUCAUAUUUCACAUUAAAACUCCAAAACUGGAAAUGCUCUGACUCGAACUCCCAACUGUAUUUUAACUCAGUGGCAGCCAUUGACGGUGCUAGAUGCCCAAUUUUUUUAGAAGCGGGAGGGCUGGCAGUAAAAGAACAAAUGUGAGACCUUCCAGUUCAAAUGGAUUGGACGUCUACUGGUGACAAACUCACUUAAGUUCAUGACAGAAGCAUGAAAAGACCUUUCAUUGCCCCUAUCAAUGUGGCCUCAUGGUAGCCAUGUUGGUAGGGGCAACAUUCCCUCCCAAUUCAAAUUGAUUGGACGUCUGCUAGUGACACAGUCACUUAACUUCAUGGGAGAAGCAUGAAAAGAGCUUUCAUUGCCCCUACCAAAUUGCCUCAGGGCGGCCAUGUUGGUAGGGGCAACAUUCCCGUUCUAUUGAAAUGAAUUGUACGUCUACUACUGACUAACUUAAAUUCAUGGUAGAAGCAUGAGAAUACCUUUCAUUGCUCCUACCAAAAUGGCCUUAUGGCGGCCAUGUUGGUAGGGGCGACAUUCCCUUCCCUUCCAAUUCAAAUGGAUUGGACGUCUACUGGUGGCAAAUUCACUUCAAUUAAUGGCAGAAGCAUGAAAAGAGCUUUCAUUGCCCCUCCCAAAGUGGCCUCAUGGCGGCCAUGUUGGUCGGGACAACAUUCUCUUCCCUUCCAAUUCAAAUGGAUUGGACGUCUACUAGGUAAAAAUUGACUUUAAUUCAUGGCAGAAGCAUUAAAAGAGCUUUCAUUGCCCCUACCGAAAUGGCCUCAGGGCGGCCAUGUUGGUAGGGGUAACAUUCCCUUCCCUUCCAAUUCAAAUGGAUUGGACGUCUAUUAGAGACAAACUGACUUCAAUUCAUGCCAGAAGCAUGACAAGACCUUUCAUUGCCCCUACCAAAAUGGCCUCAUGGCGGCCAUGUUGGUCGGAACAACAUUCCCUUCCCUUCCAGUUCAAAUGGAUUGGACGUCUACUAGGGACAAACUGACUUUAAUUCAUGGCAGAAGCAUUAAAAGAGCUUUCAUUGCCCCUACCGAAAUGGCCUCAGGGCGGCCAUGUUGGUAGGGGCCACCUUCUCUUCCCUUCCAAUUCAAAUGGAUUGGACAUCUAUUCAUGACAAACUCACUUCAAUUCAUGGCAGAAGCACUGAAAAGAGCUUUCAUUGCCCAUUUCAAAAUGGCCUAAUGGUGGCCAUGUUGGUUGGGGCAACAUUGGCUUGCCUUCCAAUUCAAAUGGAUUGUACGCCUAUCAAAGAAAAACUCACUUCAAUUCAUGGCAGAAGCAUGAAAAGACUUCUGAUUGCCCCGACCGAAAUGGCCUCAGGGCGGCCAUGUUGGUAUGGGCAAAAUUCCCUUCCCUUCCAAUUCAAAUGGAUUGGACGUCUACUAGAGACAAACUGACUUCAAUUCAUGGCAGAAGCAUGAAAAGACCUUUCAUUGCCCCAAACAAAAUGGCCUUAUGGUGGCCAUGAUGGUAGGGGCGACAUUCCCUUCCAAUUCAAAUGGCUUGGACGUCUACUAGCAACAAACUCACCUCAAUUCAUGGAAAAAGCAUGAAAAGAUCUUUCAUAGCCCCAUCCAAAAUGGCCUCAGGGCGGCCAUGCUGGUAGGGGCAACAUUCCCUUCCCUUUCAAUUCAAAUGGAUUGGACGUCUACUAGUGACAAACUGACUUAAGUUCAUGGCAAAAUCAUUAAAAAAGCUUUCAUUCCCCCUACCAACAUUACCAGCUUAUUUAUCUACCGAUUAUUUUAUCAAUGUUAAGUUAUCUGGUGGCUCAUUGGCUGCCAUUGACAGCGAUAGACGUCCAAUCCGUUGGGCAGCGAAUGAAGAAACGUCUCAUUUAAGUUAAAAGAAUUAUUUACAAAUGAUCAUGAACAAACGACAAGUAAGUCCUUAAUUAAAUCGGAAGUCAUAUAUUUUUGUGAGAAUCCAUAUUUUUAUUGUUCGUCGCAUUUUGUGUUUUUUUUUUGUGCCCAAUAAAUGUAC